UUUCCACAACUGUCAGCAUCAAGUUUUAUGUGUAAUUCAUACAAUGUUGUUCUAGACGAAAAAAAAUCAACAAGCCUCGAAAACUUGAAACUUACCAUGAACGAGUCUGCAAGAUUUGAAAAACAAACUCGAUUACAAAGUCAAACUCCGAUGUGGUUUAAGAUCAGAAAAAACAGAUUGACUGCCUCCAAAAUUGGAGAAAUUUACAAACGGAAAAAGGAGCCGUCAAGCUUGGUACAGCGGUUGAAAUCGACCCGACGUGUGACAACAGAAGCCAUGAGAAAAGGGUUAGCUUCUGAGCCAGCAGCGGCUAAUGCAUAUUCUGUACAAAAAUCAAAUGUAAACAUCUACCCAUGUGGAGUUGUUGUUAAUGUUUGGGCACCUUGGUUAGCUGCAAGCCCUGAUCGCAAGGUUUACAAUACUGCAAUGACACCACCCUUUGGUCUUCUUGAAAUAAAGUGCCCACAGGUUUCUAGUGUUUUGGAGGCAUCUUAUUUGCAAAAAGAUGCAACAGGGGCAUUAAGAUUAAAUAAGAAUCAUAUAUAUUACUACCAAAUUCUUGCACAGCUGGCGGUGACAGGAUUACAAUGGUGUGAUUUGUUUGUCUGGUGUACAAAUGACAGUCAUUGUGAAACAAUAUAUUUUAACACUGACUUGUGGAACAAUGUAAAAGACAAAGUAGAUGAUUUCUUUUUCAACCAUUUUAUUUAA